AUGUUUUCUCCCGUGACAGAGGCCGAGACGCGCCAGAAACUGCUGCGCAAUGUGAAGAAAGAGGUGAAACAAAUCAUGGAGGAGGCAGUGACAAGGAAGUUUGUGCAUGUGGACAGCAGCCACAUCAUAUCUUUCUGUGCUGUGGUGGAGUCCUGCAUGCUCCAUGGGCUGAAACGCCGUAUUGCAGGGCUGCUGUGCAGUAACAAGGUUGCAGCACUUUUUAUGAAGGUGGCAAAAAGCUUUUCACCUGCUGAAGAUCUCUGCCACAAGGUCCAGGAGCUGGAACAGAUCAUAGAAAACAGUAAACAGAACAAUUCCUCACUGAGUAACGAGCGCAGUCGGCAGUCGAAGUUUGGCAACGUCCCCCCUCAGGCGCUGAAACACCUGUGGAUCCGAACUGCCCUGAUGGAGAAGCUGCUGGACAAGAUUAUCUUGUACUUGGUAGAGAACAGCAGUGCCUUCUAUGAGAGAGAAGCGAUGCUGAUGGAUCCAACUGAUGGACCGAUUCUUGCGUCUCUAUUGGUGGGACCCUGUGCGCUGGAGUACACCAAAGUCAAGACCGCCGACCACUACUGGACGGACCCCUCCGCUGACGAGCUGGUGCAGCGACACCGCAUCCACAGCGGCCACUGUCGGCAGGAUUCUCCCUCCAGACGACCUGCUCUGAUCCAGAAGAGACAGUCCAGCGGCAGCAUGGACGACCGCCCUCUCAUGUGGGUGAGGGAGUACGUUGAGUCGCUCCACCAGAACUCCAGAGCCACGCUGCUAUUUGGAAAGAACAAUGUGCUGGUGCAGCCGAGAGAUGACAUGGAGGCCAUCCCAGGCUAUCUGUCUCUGCAUCAAACUGCAGAUGUCAUGACACUGAAAUGGACGCCCAAUCAGCUGAUGAAUGGAAAUGUGGGGGAGUUAGACUCAGAGAAAAGUGUUUAUUGGGACUACGCCAUGACAAUUCGUUUGGAAGAUAUCGUGUAUCUCCACUGUCACCAGCAAGUGAACAGUGGUGGGACAGUAGUUUUGGUGAGCCAGGAUGGGAUCCAGAGACCCCCUCUACAUUUCCCCAAAGGUGGCCACCUCCUCCAGUUUCUCACUUGCCUGGAGACCGGCCUGUUACCUCACGGACAGCUGGACCCGCCGCUCUGGAAUCAGAGGGGAAAGGGAAAGGUUUUCCCCAAGUUGCGGAACAGGAGUCCGCACAGCUCAUGUGAUUCUGUCUCGGAUAAGGAGGAUGAUGAAGCAACUGAUUAUGUGUUUCGAAUCCUCUUUCCUGGGAUUCAGAUGGAGUUCAUGGCUCUAGAGCUGAUGGACCAGGGGGUGAACCUGUGGCAGCCAACCCCCAGAAAGUCCUCGUGCUCCUCUUGCUCACAAAAUGGCUCCUCUGAUGGCUCUCUGCCUAAUUGCUGCAAUCCAGAAAGGGCUUCCUUAAAGCUCCUCUGUGACACCAUGAAGUACCAAAUAAUCUCCCGUGCUUUCUAUGGAUGGCUUGCAUACUGCCGCCACCUGUCGACAGUCCGCACCCACCUUUCUGCUCUGGUGAACACCACCAUAGUUGACCAUGAUGUGCCCUGUGGGGCCCAGGAAGGCCUCUCUGUGGAGGUCUGGAACAGGUUCCUCAAAGAAAGCUCUGCUUACGAGGAGAAGGAGAUACACAGGCUUGUGUAUUUUGGUGGCGUGGCCCCUUCACUACGCAAAGAGGUCUGGCCCUUCCUGUUGGGACACUACCAGUUCACCAUGACUGAGAAAUCCAGGCUGGAGAUCGAUGCACAGAUGCGGGUCAUGUACGAGCAGACUAUGAAGGAGUGGCAGGGCUGUGAGGCCAUCGUCCGUCAGAGGGAGAGAGAGAAACACGCAGAGGCCAUCGCCAGGUGUUCGUCCGGGGCCAGUGUGGAAAGGGCUCCAGUGCAGCGAGACUCCACCAUCAGCACAGAUUCGUCUCUAAGCAGCAGCUCAGAUCAACAGAAUGCCAGCUCACAGAGUGAUUCCAGCAGUAGUGCACAGGUCUUUGAAUCGGUUGAGGCAGCGGAUCCGAUUGAGUCUGAGCCCAGGCCUGAGGAGGGAGACGUGCAGCCCUGCAGUCCAGUGAAGGACGACCCAAACGUCACUGCCGCCUCUCCACAACUUCCCUCCUUCAACGCCUCCUCCCCAGGUCUGUCAAAUCCAGGUUUGGAAAACAGACCUCUUGUCACAGAGUCAGCUGAUGGAUCUACAACAGCACAUUCCACAGCUGGAGCCUCUGAUGUCUUAAAUGAGAAUAUCAAAGCUGGAUCAGAGCCAGGAGGGACCGAUGUUGUGGAGCAAGUUGCCAAGGACAAGGUGUCAGAGAUGGAAGAGAUGGAGACAGUUUCACAAAAGGAGGUUGUUGAAGACAAACAGGUCAGUGAGUCUAAAGAGACGUCUGAAGCUGAGAAAAAACCUGAAGUAGAAGAAAAAGUUUCAAAAGCAAAUGAGCCAUCUAAAGAUUUCCAAGCAAUAGACCCAAUUAAGAAUAGAAGAUCUGCACCAGAGAACACCAAUGUUCUAAAGUUAGAAACGGAGAUUAGCAACGAAUACUUCCAAGCUCCUCCACUUGGGCAGACCUUGACUUUUCAAGCACACAAGAGCAAAGACGUGGAGGUGGAGCCUUUAUGUCCACCUGCAGCAGAAGUAAAGCCAGAGAGCUCUGAAACUCCUCCUGAGAUAUCAUCACAAACGAUCAAGACGACGGAGUCAGAGAGAAAGGGAGCUGAAGCAACACUUUGUGACUUGGCCGAAACCAAAAAGGACAAACCAGCAGAAAUUCCAUUUGAGAAACCCGAUUCAAAUUCACCUGUCAGGCAGGUGCUCAAUGCUCUUCAGACGGCGUCGAGGGGGAGCCUUUCGUUAACGUCCCACUCCCGGAGGUCUCCAGACACGGCCGAUUCAGACGACUCUCCCUCGGCGCUGGAAAUGGAGGACAUCCCUGCAGGGAUCACAUGUGUGACCUCUGAGCACAUUAAGUUCAGGCCUUUUGCAGGCCUCUCUGCACCGCCAAUGUCUCCGGCACAAAGAGAAAGGAUGGCGUCCGGGGGGCUCGUCCCAGAUCACCAUCUGGACAUGGCUUGUAACACCAGUCCUGAGUGCACCGACCCGGGCCUUUCUGAGGAGGAGCCGGAGAUGGACAAUGUGCUCGCUGAAGCGGAGGCUGCGGAGGUGGAAGUCGACGCCAAACACGAUGAAUCCUCAGAAGAACAAACCUAUUCUCAAGAAAUUCUGGAUAUGUACUUGAUCAACUUACAUCGCAUUGACAAAGAUGUCAGACGCUGUGACAGAACAUAUUAUUACUUCACCCCUGAGAACCUGGAGAAGCUGCGUAACAUCAUGUGCAGUUACGUGUGGCAGCAUCUGGACAUAGGUUACGUCCAGGGCAUGUGUGAUCUGCUGGCGCCCCUGCUGGUGAUUCUGGACGAUGAGGUCAUGGCAUUCAGCUGCUUCACUGAAAUGAUGAAGAGGAUGAACAAUAAUUUCCCUCACGGAGGAGCCAUGGACUCUCACUUCGCCAACAUGCGUUCUCUUAUCCAGAUCCUGGACUCUGAGCUAUUUGAACUGAUGCAGCAGAAUGGAGACUACACCCACUUCUACUUCUGCUAUCGCUGGUUUCUACUGGACUUUAAAAGAGAAAUGGUGUACGAUGAUGUGUUCUCUGUGUGGGAAACCAUCUGGGUGGCCAAACACACGUCCUCCGAGCACUUUGUGCUCUUCAUCGCUCUGGCACUUGUGGAGAUGUAUAGAGACAUCAUCCUGGAGAAUAACAUGGACUUCACGGACAUCAUCAAGUUCUUCAAUGAAAUGGCCGAGCAUCACGACGUAUCCCAGGUCCUGACGAUGGCUCGAGACCUGGUCCAGAAGGUGCAGACCCUCAUAGAAAACAAGUGA